CACUGCCAUAUUUGAAUUUUUUGAAUAACGGGGAAAAAAUGUUCAUAAAUCAAAAUAAUCAACAACAACAACAACAACAACAAUCACAAAAACGAUCAACAAUGGUCAAUACAAAUAAUAUUGCUACUGUUUCUGGAACUAACAACCAUAAUAAUAAUAUUGUUGAUGAUGAUCCUGAUGAUCAUGAUGAUAUUGAUUGUACAAAUAAUCAACAACACCUGUUUACAUCACGAAUAACAUCAAUAAAUAAUAAUAAUAACCAUUAUCAUCUAAAUCAUCAUAUUGAUGGUGACCAUGAUCAUCAUCAUGAUAAUAAUAAUAAUGAUACAUCUUCCAUAUCAAUCGAUAAUAAUGAUCAAAUAUCAAUGACUAUUGAUUCAAGACAAUCAUCAAUAUUAUUAUCAUCACCACCACCACCACCACUACCAUUAUUAUUACAAUCAACAUCAUCAUCAUCAUCCGUUUCAUCAUCAUCACCACCAUCAACAUCAUCAUCUCCAUCGCCUAAUAAUAAUCGUGUUUCAGUUAAAAAAUUAGCUAGACAAGCAUCAAGAUCACGAAGUUUAUCAAGAGUAAAGAAAAAAUUAUGUAUCAAUCCAGUCAUGACCAAUGUUGUUAUGGCGGCGGCUGCGGCGACGGCUGUUGUUAAUGAAACAACAACAACAGUAUCAUCAGCUAAUCCACCAUAUUAUUUUGAUUCAAAAUCUCAACCACAACAAUCCAGUCAACAAGAUUCUCCUCCUCUAUUAUCAUCAUCAAAUAAUACCUCAACGAAUUGUACGUCUUCCAUAAUUUCUGCCAAUGGUAGCCAUCAACAAAAUCAUGAAUUUCAUAAUCAAUCGAUAAUAGCUACCUCUUCUUCUUCUUCUACUUCUUCUUCCUCUUUGGAUACUAUUAAUAGUAUUUGUUGUUCUCAGAAUUCAUCUACGAUCGAUUUACAAAAUCAUAUUCCAUUAACAAAAGAUUUACCUUCUUGUUCUUCGUCUUCAAAAACUUCAUCAUCAUCGACGACGACGACGGCAACAAAUAAUGUGGCUAAUAUUGAUGAUCAUGAAGAUAUGCUUUUAUUAGCCGAUGAUAAUAAUGCAUGUUCAGCAUCACCAACUGAUCCUCAACAAUCUUCAUCAAAUAAUUUAAAUUUAAGCCUUGAAUCUCAUAAUGAUCAUCUUCAUCAUUUAAAUAAUUCUCAUGUAAAUCAUCCUCAUAAUCAUCAUUCAUCGCCUUAUGAUUUACGUAGAAAAACUGUUUCAAAUUUAAAUCAAAAUUGUUGUGUUGUUGAAACAUCAUCAUCAUCUCAACAAGAUCAAUCCAAUUUACAAUCAUCGAUUAAUGAUAAUUCCAUUGUGCCGAAUCAACAACAACCAACAACAAUCAAUGAAUGUUCAUUAUCAUCAACAAAUCAUUCAACAAUCAUUCGACAACAUUGUCGUUCAUAUCGAUCACAAAAUCAUAGUCCAACAACAACAACAACAACGAAAGCAUUUGCCGAUAGAAAUCAAUUCGUUAGCCAAACAACAACAACAACAACAACAACUGUACAAGAUGGAGCAGCUGCAAGCUAUCUACUUUAUCAACUACCCGAUGAAGUAUUGCUUUUAAUAUUCUCUUAUCUAUAUGAAGUAGACCUGUGCCAUGUAUCUGAAGUUUGUAAACGAUUCCAUAAAAUUGCUAAUGAUUGUAAAUUAUGGAAAAAUCUUUACCAAGAUCGUUAUGAAUAUGAUAAUCCAAUGUUUUAUCGUGGUGUUGCCAAAUUUGAAUUAGUUCCAGCCACUGAAUGUGAUCUAGAUAAUCCUUGGAAAGAAAGUUUUCAACAAUUGUAUUAUGGUAUUCAUGUACGACCUGGACGAUUAGAACAAAUUGAAAAAAAUACACAAAGAUAUCGUGGUCAAUCGAUUGUUUAUUUCGAUACAAUCGAACAAGCAUAUAAUUAUUCAGAAGAUUUUGAUAAUUGUUUUAUAUUUAUACAUUCUGGUCAUUAUAAAUUUGAUUAUCUUAUGAUUGAUUCGAAUGUUAAUUUUAUUGGUGCUUCUUCGGGAAAUAUUGUCGAAAAUGUUAUUUUGGAAAAAGAAACCGAAUCAACCAUAACAUUUGUUGAAGGUGCACGUGAAGCUUAUUUAGGAUAUGUAACCUUGAAAUUUACACCCGACCAAUCAACUUCAGCACAACAUCAUAAACAUUAUUGUUUAAAGAUUGGUGAAAAUAGUUCACCAACAAUUGAUCAUUGUACAAUUCGUUCUACAUCAGUAGUUGGUGCAGCUGUCUGUGUUUCCGGUGCUGGUUCCGAACCAACUAUUCGUCAUUGUGAUAUUAGCGAUUGCGAAAAUGUUGGUCUUUAUAUUACCGAUUAUGCACAAGGUAUUUAUGAAGAGAAUGAAAUAUCUAGAAAUGCAUUAGCCGGUGUUUGGGUUAAGAAUCAUGCAAAUCCAAUUAUGCGUCGUAAUCAUAUACAUCAUGGUCGUGAUGUUGGUGUAUUUACAUUCGAUAAUGGAUUAGGUUAUUUUGAAGCAAACAAUAUUCAUAAUAAUCGUAUUGCCGGUUUUGAAGUAAAAGCUGGUGCUAAUCCAACUGUAACUAGAUGUGAAAUACAUCAUGGCCAAACUGGUGGCAUUUAUGUUCAUGAAUCUGGUCGUGGUCAAUUUAUUGAAAAUCGUAUACAUUCGAAUAAUUUUGCUGGCGUUUGGAUUACAUCACAAUCAAAUCCAACCAUACGAAGAAAUGAAAUUUAUAAUGGCCAUCAAGGUGGUGUUUAUAUAUUUGGUGAAGGACGUGGCCUUAUUGAACAUAAUAAUAUUUAUGGAAAUGCUUUAGCCGGAAUUCAAAUACGUACGGCUAGUGAUCCUAUUGUUCGAUUCAAUAAAAUUCAUCAUGGUCAACAUGGUGGUAUUUAUGUUCAUGAAAAAGGUCUUGGUUUGAUUGAAGAAAAUGAAGUUUAUGCAAAUACAUUGGCCGGUGUUUGGAUAACAACCGGAUCAACACCAACAUUACGUCGUAAUCGAAUUCAUUCGGGUAAACAAGUUGGUGUUUAUUUCUAUGAUAAUGGUCAUGGUCGUUUAGAAGAAAAUGAUAUUUUCAAUCAUCUUUAUUCGGGUGUACAGAUUCGAACCGGAUCUAAUCCGGUUAUUCGAAAGAAUAAAAUUUGGGGUGGUCAAAAUGGUGGUGUACUUGUUUAUAAUGGUGGAUUGGGUUUAUUGGAACAAAAUGAAAUUUUUGAUAAUGCUAUGGCUGGUGUUUGGAUUAAAACUGAUUCAAAUCCAACAUUAAGACGAAAUAAAAUAUAUGAUGGUCGUGAUGGUGGUGUAUGUAUAUUUAAUGGUGGUAAAGGUGUAUUGGAAGAUAAUGAUAUAUUUCGUAAUGCACAAGCCGGUGUUUUAAUAUCAACACAAUCACAUCCAUUAUUAAGAAGAAAUCGUAUAUUUGAUGGUUUAGCUGCUGGUGUUGAAAUUACAAACAAUGCAACAGCUAUACUUGAAUUUAAUCAAAUUUUCAAUAAUCGUUUUGGUGGUUUAUGUUUAGCAUCAGGUGUAUUACCAAUGUUGAAAAAUAAUAAAAUCUAUGAUAAUCAUAAUGCAGUUGAGAAAGCAGUAAAUAGUGGUCAAUGUUUAUAUAAAAUAUCAUCAUAUACAAGUUUUCCAAUGCAUGAUUUUUUUCGAUGUCGAACAUGUAACACAACAGAUAGAAAUGCUAUUUGUGUUAAUUGUAUAAAAACUUGUCAUAAUGGACAUGAUGUUGAAUUUAUUCGUCAUGAUCGAUUUUUUUGCGAUUGUGGAGCAAGAACAUUAAGCAAUCAAUGUCAAUUACAAGAUGAACCAACACAAGAUACUGAUACAUUAUAUGAUUCAGCAGCACCAAUGGAAUCACAUACACUUAUGGUUAAUUAAAGAAGAAGAAGAAAAAAAAUAUGUUUUGCGAAACGAACAAUUAUGAACAAUUGUGCAAUUGAGAUGCCAGAACAACCAGAUACCAAAGAUGAUUUUUUCUUCCAAAAG